GAGAGAGAGAGAGAGAGAGAGAGAGAGAGAGGAUGGAGUCGAGAGAAGUACAAGGUCCGGCGGCAGGGGGAUUACAGGUACAACAACCGCAACAGAUGGUAAUGGGACCCACAUCUUCAUCAUACCCUUCGAACUCCGGCAUGAUCAGCCCUAAUCCGACGCCUGCCAUCCCUCCUUCUUCCACCCCACGUUUCCCUUUCAACUCCUUAUCUUCUCCACCGCCGCCGCCGCAUCAUCAGCAUCAUCAACACCAUCAACAUCAGCAGCAACCCAAGCCGUUGGAUUCGCUCAACUCCGUCGGGUUUGAUGGAUCGCCGCAGUUACGGUACAACACGGAGCCGGCCAUGAAGAAGAAGCGUGGCAGGCCUAGAAAAUAUGCUCCUGAUGGUAACAUUGCUCUUUUACAAUUGGCACCCACCACUCCUAUUGCUUCUAACUCCGCGAAUCACGGUGGCGGUGAUUCUGUCGGUUUAGGAAGUAGUAGUGGCGGAGGUGCUGCGUCAGAACCACCUGCUAAAAGGAACCGUGGCAGGCCACCGGGUUCUGGAAAAAGACAGAUGGAUGCAUUAGGUGGAGUUGGAGGGGUGGGAUUUACUCCUCAUGUGAUCACCGUGAAAGCCGGCGAGGAUAUAGCGGCUAAAAUUAUGGCUUUUUCACAGCAAGGACCUCGCACAGUCUGUAUUCUCUCUGCAAAUGGUGCCAUCUGUAAUGUUACACUCCGCCAACCCGCAAUGUCUGGUGGUACAGUGACAUAUGAGGGCCGAUUUGAAAUUAUUUCUCUAUCAGGUUCGUUCUUGCUUUCUGAAAAUAAUGGUAGUCGCAGCAGGUCCGGUGGCUUGAGUGUCUCCUUGGCUGGAUCUGAUGGUCGAGUAUUAGGUGGUGGAGUUGCGGGGAUGUUACAGGCAGCAUCACCAGUUCAGGUUAUUGUUGGCAGCUUUAUAGCAGAUGGGAAAAAACAGAGCACAGAUAUUUUGAAAACUGGACCUUCCUUACUAACACCAAAUAUGCUGAAUUUUGGAGCUCCAGCAUCAACCAGUAGCCCUCCUUCGCAAGGGGGCUCAAGUGAGUCUUCUGAUGAGAAUGGCGGCAGCGCUCUUAAUCGGGGGUCUGGAUUCUACAGUAAUUCUGCUCCAUCUAUUCAUAAUAACAACAUGCAAAUGUACCCACUUUGGACUGGCCACACUCCACAAUGAAGAUGCUACUGAAUUAACAGUAGAGCACUUUGGGCAUCAACUUGGUGAUGGUUCUUGCAUAACAGCUAGAGAUCAAAUUCCAAAUGCUAACAUGCCUUAAAGAAUAGGAAUGGUAGGGAUUCAUUUUUCUUCUAGAUCGACUCUUUCCUUCUUUCUUCUUUUGAGUAGUUUUCAAGUUUUCUUCAUCUCAUCGAAACAUGGCUGCUGUUGAGAGCUGAGAACAUUCCACCUAUUUCUUAGAAUCUCAAAUUUACUUUUUCCGAGUAUUGUUUCUCUACUGGUUGCUGUUGGUAGGUUUCAGAUGUAAAACUCAUUUUAAGAAUAUGAUUAUCAUAGGGAGUCCUCCAUAUAUCACAUAAUUGAUUAAUUAA